UUAGUACCAAAGUAGAGGUAAUUUGCGUAUAAGUUGUCACAGAAAAUAGUGUCAACUCGGCAUACAAUUCUUGCAACCCUUUUACAGCACCGAGACGGUCAAACAUGGGUAUUGAAGGAAACCUCAGUUCAGAGCAGCUUCAGUUCUUCGAUUCUCAUGGGUAUUUGGUGUUGGAAUCAUUUGCAAGCCCAGAAGAGAUCGAGUCCUUGAGGAACAGAAUGGAUCAGUUGCUUGAUGACUUUGAUUUCUCUUCCACUGCUUCUAUUUUUUCUACCAAGAACCAACAAGAAACGACUAAUGACCACUUCUUUGAAAGUGCUGAGAAGAUUUCAUUCUUCUGGGAAGAGAAAGCAUUUGAUGAAGAUGGCAACUUAAAGCAGCCAAAGCAACUCUCAAUAAACAAAGUUGGGCAUGCUCUUCAUGACAAAGAUGCCGUAUUUAAUAAGUUCUCUAGCUCAGACAAAGUCUCAAGCAUGCUGCGGUCCUUGGGGUACCAGAGGCCAGUAGUCAUUCAGUCAAUGUACAUAUUUAAGCAACCAGGUAUUGGGGGUGAAGUGGUGCCGCACCAAGAUAACUCUUUUCUGUACACUGAACCAAUGACAUGCACUGGCUUGUGGCUAGCUUUAGAGGAUGCAACAAUUGUAAAUGGCUGUCUAUGGGCUAUACCAGGGUCCCACAAAAAUGGCCUUGUCAGGAGAUUCCUUAGAGAUGAUAAUGGGGUUCAUUUUGAUAAGCCAUCUCCAUGCUAUAACCAGAAAGAUUUCGUUCCGCUUGAAGUAAAAGCUGGAUCCUUGGUAGUCAUUCACGGAGAUCUUAUUCACCAGAGUUUUGAGAACCAGUCUUCAAAGUCACGACAUGCAUACAGUUUGCAUGUGGUGGAUACUAGUGGCUGCAAAUGGGCUGAAGACAAUUGGAUUAGAAGAAAUGUAGAUCCAGAGCCCUUGUACAGUUCUUGAAUCUGCCCUCAAGAGUCAUCAACUGCUAGUUUCUUACUGAAAUAUCAUGUGAACCUUGGAGCGGUCGACCUGUUUAACUUUCGUAGUUCAUUUAUGUAUAUGCACAUCAAGUACUUGUUGAAUAAGAUGACCAAUCAUAGAAUA